AUGAUUAACUUUGGCUAUUCUUCUGUGGUUCAAAAAGGAAACACUUGCUAUUCAAACGUGCAACGAAAAAAUGAUGGCGCCCGAAGGGCAUAUGAAAAUAAGCUAAGAAGUUGUAGUGAAAAUAACCAAAUUUGCUUAGAAGCUGCUGAAAAAGAGUAUAAGUUACUGAAGGAGCGAUUUAUCAGACAAUUUGAGCUAUGCGUAACAGCUGAAUGUGAUAAAAGUGAAAAGUCAGAGCCAACAGUGGGAAAACGCAUAAAGAGCGCAUACUGUAAGCAAUUUCGGUUAGAGAAAGAUAAUAUCACCAGAAAGCGCAGGUUUGCAUUUUUCUCUUCAGAAUCGAGUUACUCGAGUCUGCAAACAAGCGAAAGUGAAAAUUCUGAUUACGAAAACGAUUAUUUUUCAUCUUCAGAGCAAGACGAAAAUAGCCCCCUAAGUAUUGAAGCUAGCAUAAGUGAUAGUUCUGCGGAAAACUCCGACGAUAAUUGGGUUUUGCAAACAAAUAAAGAUAGUUCUAUUAAUAGGGCAACUGAAGAAACUGACGAAUCCGAUGGCAGCGUCGUCAGUAUUUCGUCAUCAAUUAAUGAUAUUAGCCAAACGGAUGAAAGCCGUUCUUUAUAUGGAAGGACACUCGAAAGUGACAGUUAUGAUAAUAAACACGACGAUAACUCAUUCUCGGAAACAGAUGAAAACAGCUCGUCAACUGAUGAAUCAAGCGAAACCGAAGAAAUCAAUUCUCCAAUUGAUGAAAUUAGCCUAAAUGAUGGUUUUGAAGACCACGAUGAAUCUUCCUAUUCGGCAAUAAAUGGGGACAGUUCGUCAACUUACGAAACAAAAGAAACGAGGGAAGACCCUUCAAGUGAAGAUUGUUGUGAAAGCGGUUGUACUGAUGAAAGCUCUAGUGAAAUUUCAUCCUCAGAAACUGCAGAGAGCAGUGCAUCGGAAAACAGCGGAAAACCUGGAAAGGACUCCGACGAAGGGGCUUCACGUUCUACUACAAAAACAUCAGAAGAAAGCGACUACUCUGCAAAUCCUACACCAGGCAAAAUUGAAGGAAGUGAGUCCGCCACUUCAAAUGAAGAUCGUUUGUUUACAACCAAGAGCACCGAUACUGAUCAGCUUAAAUCUUCAACUGGCAAUGAGGAAUCAACGCUCCAUCCAUAUGCAAGCACCUCUUCCACGAAAGCGAUAACAAGUCGUACGCCUAGUACAACUGAAGCAGUUGCGAUCUACACUUCAACGGAAGAAAUUUUAUCUACAACCAAGAGCAAAGCUACUGAUCAGAUUUCAUCUUCAACUGGCAUUGAGGAAUCAACGCUCAAUCCAUAUGCAAGCACUUCUUCCACGGAAUCGAUAAAAAGUCCUACGGCUAGCACAUCUGAAAUUAACUUUGGCUAUUCUUCUGUGGUUCAAAAAGGAAACACUUGCUAUUCAAACGUGCAACGAAAAAAUGAUGGCGCUCGAAGGGCAUAUGAAAAUAAGCUAAGAAGUUGUAGUGAAAAUAACCAAAUUUGCUUAGAAGCUGCUGCAAAAGAGUAUAAGUUAUUGAAGGAGCGAUUUAUAAGACAAUUUGAGCUAUGCGUAACAGCUGAAUGUGAUAAAAGUGAAAGUCGGUUAGGUGAGCCAACAGUGGGAAAACGCAUAAAGAGCGCAUACUGUAAGCAAUUUCGGUUAGAGAAAGAUAAUGUCACCAGAAAGCGCAGGUUUGCAUUUUUCUCUUCAGAAUCGAGUUAUUCGAGUCUGCAAACAAGCGAAAGUAAAAACUCUGAUUACGAAAACGAUGAUAUUUCAUCUUCAGAGCAAGACGAAAAUAGCUCCCUAAGUAUUGAAGCUAGCAUAAGUGAUAGUUCUGUGGAAAACUCCGACGAUAAUCGGGUUUUGCAAACAAAUAAAGAGAGUUCUAUUAGUAGGGCAAAUGAAGAAACUGAGGAAUCCGAUGGCAGCGUCGUCAGUAUUUCGUUAUCAAUUAAUGAUAUUAGCCAAUCGGAUGAAAGCCGAUCUUUAUAUGGAUGGACACUCGAAAAUGACAGUUAUGAUAUUAAACACGACGAUAAAUCGUACUCGGAAACCGACGAAGACAGCUCGUCAACUGAUGAAUCAAGCGAAACCGAUGAAAUCAAUUCUCCAAUUGAUGACAUUACCCUAAAUAAUGGUUUUGAAGACCACGAUGAACCUUCCUAUAGGGCAACUGAAGAAACUGACGAAUCCGAUGGCAGCGUCGUCAGUAUUUCGUUAUCAAUUAAUGAUAUUAGCCAAACGGAUGAAAGCCGAUCUUUAUAUGGAAGGACACUCGAAAAUGACAGUGAUGAUAAUAAACACGACGAUAACUCAUUCUCGGAAACAGAUGAAAACAGCUCGUCAACUGAUGAAUCAAGCGAAACCGAUGAAAUCAAUUCUCCAAUUGAUGAAAUUAGCCUAAAUAAUGGUUUUGAAGACCACGAUGAAUCUUCCUAUUCGGCAAUAAAUGGGGACAGUUCGUCAACUUACGAAACAAAAGAAACGAGGGAAGACCAUUCAAGUGAAGAUUGUUGUGAAAGCGGUUGUACUGAUGAAAGCUCUAGUGAAACUUCAUCCUCAGAAACUGCAGAGAGCAGUGCAUCGGAAAACAGCGGAAAACCUGGAAAGGACUCCGACGAAGGGGCUUCACGUUCUACUACAAAAACAUCCGAAGAAAACGACUACUCUGCAAAUCCUACGCCAGGCAAAAUUGAAGGAAGUGAGUCCGCCACUUCAACUGAAGAACGUUUGUUUACAACCAAGAGCACCGAUACUGAUCAGCCUAAAUCUUCAACUGGCAAUGAGGAAUCAACGCUCAAUCCAUAUGCAAUCACCUCUUCCACGGGAUCGAUAAAAGGUCCUACGCCUACCACAACUGAAGCAGGUGAGAUCUCCUCUUCAACGGAAGAAAUUUUAUCUACAACCAAGAGCGGAGCUACAGAUCAGAUUUCAUCUUCAACUGGCAAUGAGGGAUCAACGCUCAACCCAUAUGCAAGCACUUCUUCCACGGAAUCGAUAACAAGUCCUACGGCUAGCACAAAUGAAGCAGGUGAGAUCUCUUCAACGGUAGACAUUUUACCUACAACCAAGAGCGAAGCUACUGAUCAGAUUUCAUCUUCAACUGGCAAUGAGGAAUCAACGCUCACUCCAUAUGCAAGCACUUCUUCCACAGAAUCGAUAACAAGACCUACGGCUACAACCACUGAAGAAGAAAUUUUAUCUACAACCAGGAGCGAAGCUACUGAUCAGAUAUCAUCUUCAACUGGCAUUGAGGAAUCAACGCUCAAUCCAUAUGCAAGCACUUCUUCCACGGAAUCGAUAACAAGUCCUACGGCUAGCACAACUGAAGCAGGUGAGAUCUCCUAUUCAACGGAAGAAAUUUUAUCUACAACCAGGAGCGAAGCUACUGAUCAGAUAUCAUCUUCAACUGGCAUUGAGGAAUCAAAGCUCAAUCCAUAUGCAAGCACUUCUUCCACGGAAUCGAUAAGAAGUCCUACGGCUAGCACAACUGAAGCAGGUGAGAUCUCUUCAACGGUAGAUAUUUUACCUACAACCAAGAGCGAAGCUACUGAUCAGAUUUCAUCUCCAAAUGUCAAUGAGGAAUCAACGCUCAAUCCAUCUGCAAGCACUUCUUCCACGGAAAAGAUGACAGGCCCCACGGCUAGCACAACUGAAGCAGAAGAAAUUUUAUCUACAACCAAGAGCGAAGCUACUGACCAGAUUUCAUCUUCAACUGGAAAUGAGGAAUCAACGCUCAAUUCAUAUGCAAGCACUUCUUCCACGGAAUCGAUAACAAAUCCUACGGCUAGCACAUCUGAAGCAGGUGAGAUCUACUCUUCCACAGAAGAACUUUUAUCUACAACUAAGAGCGAACCUACUGAUCAGAUUUUGUCUUCAACUGGCAAUGAGGAAUCAACGCUCAAUCCAUAUGCAAGCACUUCUUGCACGAAAUCGAUAACAAGUCCUACGGCUAGCACAACUGAAGCAGGUGCGAUCUCCUCUUCAACGGAAGAAAUUUUAUCUACAACCAAGAGCGGAGCUACUGAUCAGAUUUCGUCUUCAACUGGCAAUGAGGAAUCAACGCUCAAUCCAUAUGCAAGCACUUCUUCCACGGAAUCGAUAACAAGUUCUACGGCUAGCACAUCUGAAGCAGGUGAAAUCGUCUCUUCAACGGAAGAAGUUUUAUCUACAACCAAGAGCGAAGCUACCAAUCAGAUUUCAUCUUCAACUGGCAAUGAGGGAUCAACGCUCAACCCAUAUGCAAGCACUUCUUCCACGGAAUCGAUAACAAGUCCUACAGCUAGAACAACUGAAGCAGGUGAGAUGUCCUCUUCAACGGAAGAAAUUUUAUCUACAACCAAGAGCGGAGCUACUGAUCAGAUUUCGUCUUCAACUGGCAAUGAGGAAUCUACGCUCAAUCCAUAUGCAAGCACUUCUUCCACGGAAUCGAUAACAAGCCCUACGGCUAGCACAACUGAAGCAGGUGAGAUGUCCUCUUCAACGGAAGAAAUUUUGUCUACAACCAAGAGCGGAGCUACUGAUCAGAUUUCAUCUUCAACUGGCAAUGAGGAAUCAACGCUCAAUCCAUAUGCAAGCACUUCUUCUACGGAAUCGGUAACAAGUUCUACGGCUAGCACAACUGAAGCAGGUGAGAUCGCCUCUUCCACAGAAGAAAUUUUAUCUAAAACCAAGAGCGAAGCGACUGAUAAGGUUUCAUCUUCAACUGGCAAUGAGGAAUCAAUUCUCAAUCCAUAUGCAGGCACUUCUUCCACGGAUUCGAUAACAAGUCCUACGGCUAGCACAACUGAAGCAGGUGAGAUGUCCUCUUCAACAGAAAAACUUUUAUCUACAACCAAGAGCGGAGCUACUGAUCAGAUUUCAUCUUCAACUGGCAAUGAGGAAUCAACGCUCAAUCCAUAUGCAAGCACUUCUUCCACGGAAUCGAUACCAAGUCCUAUGGCUAGCACAACUGAAGCAGGUGAGAUCUCCUCUUCAACGGAAGAAAUUUUAUAUACAACCAAGAGCGAAGCUACUGAUCAGAUUUCAUCUUCAACUGGCAAUGAGGAAUCAACGUUCCACCCAUAUGCAAAAACUUCUUCCACGGAAUCGAUAACAAUUUCUGCGGCUAGCACAACUGAGGCAGGUGAUUUCUCCUCUUCCACAGAAGAAAUUUUAUAUACAACCAAGAGCGAAGCUACUGAUCAGAUAUCAUCUUCAACUGGCAUUGAGGAAUCAGCGCUCAACCCAUAUGCAAGCAGUCCUUCCACGGAAUCGAUAACAAGUCCUACGGCUAGCACAACUGAAGAAGGUGAGAUCUCCUCUUCCUCUGAAGAAAUUUUAUCUACAACCAAGAGCGCAGCUACUGAUCAGAUUUCAUCUUCAACUGGCAAUGAGGAAUCAAUUCUCAUUCCAUAUGCAGGCACUUCUUUCACGCAUUCGAUAACAAGUCCUACGGCUAGCACAACUGAAGCAGGUGAGAUGUCCUCUUCAACAGAAGAAAUUUUAUCUACAACCAAGAGCGGAGCUACUGAUCAGAUUUCAUCUUCAACUGGCAAUGAGGAAUCAAUUCUCAAUCCAUAUGCAAGCACUUCUUCAACGGAAUCGAUAACAAGUCAUAUGGCUAGCACAUCUGAAGCAGGUGAGAUCUCUUCAACGGAAAAAAAUUUAUCUACAACCAAGAGCGGAGCUACUCAUCUGAUUUCAUCUUCAACUGGCAAUGAGGAAUCAACGCUCAUUCCAUAUGCAAUCACUUCUUCCACGGAAGAGAUAAUAAGUCGUAUGCCUAGCACAUCUGAGGCAAGCGAGAUCUCCACUUCAACGGAAAAAAUUUUAUCUACAACAAAGAGCGGAGCUACUCAUCAGAUUCCAUCUUCAACUGGCAAUGAGGAAUCAACGCUCAACCCAUAUGCAUGCACUUCUUCCACGGAAUCGAUAACAAGUCCUACGGCUAGCACAAGUAAAGCAACUGAGAUCUCCACAUCAAUGGAAGAAAUUGUAUCUACAAUAAAGAGCACAGUUACUAAUCAGCCUUCACUUUCAACUGGCAGUGUGGAAUUAACGCUCUUUCCAUCUUCAAGCACUUCCCCCACGGAAGCGAUAACAGGUCCUACGCCUAGCACAAAUGAAGCAGUACUAUUGCUCUGCCUUGCUGCAGGUACUUCCUUGGCAAUGUCAUCCAAUAAUUUGCUACGCAAAACAGAGAUAAAUUUACUACAAUUAAUGAUGGAGACACGUCUACAUCAACGCGCUCAUCCAGAACGAAGCAUGGAUUGCUUUGAUUACUACCUACAGCUGUUUGAUAGUAUAAGCAACGAGUAUAAGGUAAGCUAUGCAGCUUGCUUGGCAACCGCAGAAGAGGAUAGGAAAAUAGUUGACGCCUCAACUCGGCCCGAGCGAGAAUCGCUUGAGCAAUCGGCACGAUCGUCGUGCGUGGCUUUAAAAGAUUGCUCUGAACUCAGUGGGUCUAUCGAUUACUUUAGCUGUUUUGCAGUAAGCGGCAAGGAGAAUACUGCAAAUAUGUAUGAUAUUUCGGCCAACGCUUCAGAAAAAUUAGCCGACGUGCGCGAAAGUUAUCGUCUAAUUGAGAAUAGUGAACAUCGUUGUACAAAUGAUUCGGAACGCGCUUACGUUGAGCAGACCUAUCAGGCAAAUUUAGAUUUGCAAAGCUGUCUACGUGGUGAAACAUCAGUACCAACAACAACGCCAAAACCAUCAACUACGCCGGAUGAUCCAACCACCGUCGCUUCUCCAGGCACUACCACUGAAGAGCCUGAGGCAACGUCACCAUCUGAGGAAACAACCACCGAGGAGCCCGACACAACGUCGCCAUCUGUGGAAACAUCCACCGAGGACCCCGAAACAACGUCGCCAUCUGAGGAAACAACCAUCGAGGACCCCGAAACAACGUCGCCAUCUGAGGAAACAACCACCGAAGGCCCUGAAAAAACGUCGCCAUCUGAGGAACCAACCACCGAGGACCCUGAAACAAGUACCUCCUCUCAAGAUAGCACCACCGAAGAGUCAGAUACCACAGCCGCUACUGGGGAAACAUGGACUGAAAGCAAUGAAACAACAAAAGAUUCUGAUUCCUCAGAGAGUAGUUCCAGUGAGUCCAAUAGCAGUGGCUCUGAAUCUAGUGAGGCGCCGGAGAAUAUGAUGCCAGAAGAAGAUUUGCGUUCAAUUCAGAUGAAACGUCUUGCCAAAAUAAGAGCAGCUUUAAGCAAAUACUGA